UUAUCACAAAGAACGAGUUAUCAAUAUAGUACUUCUUCCUUGAGUCAACUGGAGCAGCUCAUCCGUUCGAACACAAACAUGUACAUGUGAAAUAAAAAUAAAUAUUUAUCGAAACAAAUUCGGGUUUCAUCUAGUAGAUUUGCUCAAAAUAUUAAACAUAAAUAAAUAUUAAAAAACGUUGCGUUGAAAUUCUUAAUAAAUGUAAAUAAAUAAAUUUUUGUGAAAUUCGUAAAAUAAAGUCUACAAACAAAAAAAUUGAGGAAAAUGAAAAAGCAUCAUAAAAAUAUAGACAAGCCCAAACAAAUGCUCAAAAGUGAUCUGGAGUUUUUGAAAAGGCGUCCAGCUAACAGGUCCGCUCACGAAUGUGUUCAAGAUAACAGUUCGGGCAUAACGUCUUGGAGUUCGAAUGCCUGUUUGCAAUAUCGAAAGUUUAGCGCGGAGGCCCUGGUGCUUCGAGCACUGAAAGGUCUCUGUGAGCGCAACGGUUCAUCGGUGGUCGCGGUCAAGAAAUUCAUAAUUAACCACUAUCCAUAUGUGGAUGGAAAGUUUACACUGCCUGUUAUCAGGAGGGUCAUUAAGAAAGCUUUGCUCAAAGGGAAAAUUGUGCAGUCACAGGGAAAGAACAUGGAGGGACUGUUCAAAAUAUCAGCUGGAGAAAUACGUGCAGAGCAGCAACAGCAGCAAUUUAAGCACCUUAAGGAAUGUAUCAAAUUAAGAGAGCAGCAAAAGCAGGAAUUGCAAAGGAAAAUGAUGAAAUGUAGGGCGAGGGAUAUUCAGAGACAUAUAGUCUUUGAAGAAAAUCAAGCAGCUCAGCGGAAACGACGAAAAGAAGUUGCGAGUGCGGCCAAAGCAGCAAAAGCCAGACUGACUGCCGAGGCUGCCAGGGAAAUUUUGAGUUUCGCUCAACAACAAACGGGAGAUUUCGUACCUUCCUUACGGUUGGAUGCCGGCACUUCGAAGGGAAUAACACAAAGGCCUCAGAUCGUUGAUUAUGCGGACGCAGCCUUGGAAACGGCUAAAGUGAUCAGUUCGGAACAAUUAAAACAUGCAAUCAUUAAAGCCACCGAAUAUGUACCGCAUAUAAUAGGUAUCGAUAAUAACUCCUCAAGACGUACCCCAUCAAUUAGGCACAUGCCUAUAAAGUAUGAGAGAACAUUAAGAAGUCCGAUAUCAAGUCCAGUCCCUGUCACAAGAAAAAUGACGUCCGAAUACCCUAAGCUGACGGAUUUUCUUAGAGACAAAAAGCAAAUUCCAGAUGUAGCUGUAAACUUUCGAUCCCCAUGUGCUGAAUCAGUGGUUGUAGGGAAGAACCGCGCGGCUGGAGGAAGGAAUGCGCGGAAGGUCAUGAAACGCACCAAGGGAAGUACAAAAGCCAAUACGAGACUUCCCAGAUAA